AUGUCAGGACUUGCUGGACCUAGUCAUGUUACUGCCGUUACUGGUAUGGAAUGUUGUGAAUUUACGUAUGAAUGGAAAAUUAAAAACUUCAAGCAAUCGUAUAAAAAAACAUGUGAAUCACCAAGUUUUUCCUCUCAUUAUUCUGAUUUUCACGAUAAAUGGAUUAUGAAAAUAUAUCCAAAUGAUAUGGCCAAUUACUGUGGUGAUAUUUGUAUAGUGGCUGAUCUACAGCUUCAAUCAUUCAAUAAUACUUCACAACUACAGACAAAAUGUAAAAUAUUAAUUGAUAAUAAACAUCAAAUAACUAAAGAACAUGAUUUCAGUAAAUUUCCAGAAACAAUUACCUGCAGUAAAAUUAUUCCAACAAUGAAAUUGUUAGAAACAAUUAACGAAUAUUUCCGAAAUGAUGAACUUAAAAUUUGUUGUACAAUAAGAAUGUUUAAAAAACUAACAAAUAGUUCUGCAACAUCACAACUGAGUGAAGACUGGAAAAAACUUUUGUUAAAUAAAAAAUCAAGUGAUAUUACUAUUAAAGUGGGUCAAAAAUCAUUUCGUGCAAUCAAAGGAAUUCUUGGAGUACGCAGUCCUGUUUUUGCUGCAAUAUAUCAGGUGGAUUGUCUUAAAAAUAUUUGUGAAGAAAUAAUAUGUGGAUCAACGAUAGAUUUUGAUAAUAUUUCAAGUAUACUUGUUUGUUCUGAUAGAUAUAAUCUCAAAAAACUGAAUCAAAAAUGUUUGGAAUUUAUGAAAAAAAAUUUACGAGAUGUUAUGGCAAAUAAAACAUUUCAAGUUUACAAAAAAAAAUAUUCUGAAAUUUUUGUAGGUGUUCUUGAAGAGUUGCUUUUGUCAUAA